CCACCGUACCCAGACGGUACCGUAUAUUUCCUGGAUUCGCGUUUACGUUUAGCCUACGGUUGAUUUCCUCCUUUAUUGUUACUUUUUGAUAGUUUCUUUUGCAUCUUUUCGAGACCCAGUCAUUAAGUUAUAAUAAGCGAGAGAUAUUUUGAGCUCUGAGACCGUCUUCAACAAGAAAAUGUCUUUAAGCGAAGCAGCCAAUGCCACAAAACGUGUGGUUGCCAAAUAUGUUAUGGACAAAAUCAUUCGUCCUCGCACGGAUAUUAAAAUAUUCGGGCUUGGCAGUGGUACCACCAUUGAACUGGCUAUGAAAGACAAGGAAAUCGGACUGGGCGAUUACUUGAAAAGCCAUAAUAUAAAAGUUGUGCCAACAUCCUUCCAAGCAUACGAAGCUGCGGUGGCCGCCGGCCUGAAAGACCAAAUUGCCAGCGUCAAAGAUUCUCCAUCGAUUGAUCUGGCCAUUGACGGAGCGGAUGAAGUGGAUGAACAUCUGAAUUUAAUUAAGGGCGGUGGUGGAUGCUUCCUGUUGGAGAAGACUGUGGCGCUUCACGCAAAGCAGCUGAUUAUCCUGGCUGAUAAUUCCAAGAAAUCCCAGCGUCUUGGAGAAAAGUGGUCAAAAGGAAUUCCCGUCGAAAUCGUGGUCAACAGUGAAAAAGUUGUGGACUGUGAUUUUCGUCACAACGCGGAGGAAGUCAAGUCGGCCAUCUUAAAGAAAUUUGGAGGUGAUAACGCAAAGACCGUCCUUCGUCAGGCUUCAAAGAAAUGCGGACCGGUAAUCACCGAUGCCGGUAAUCUGAUUUUGGAUUGGAUUUUUCCCACUGAUUCCAGUCUUGACUGGAAGGCUGUGGACGAGGGCAUCAAAGCCAUUCCAGGUGUUAUUGCGACGGGAGUUUUUGUUGGAAUCGCACAUUCGGUUUAUUUUGGGCAGGAAGAUGGUUCGGUGGUGAUGCGCGACAAGACGGGUGAUCACAAGCUUAAUGCUUAAUUGGAUAACCGAAGCCGGCGUUAUUUAACUGUGUUAUAAUUUAAUUUUCUGCUUCUCUUCUGCCGUUUUGGCUGUGAAUGUUUGAUUGAGAUGGGGUGGUUGGGUAACGGGUUUACUUACGUACUGUACGAUUGUGCAUCAUGCUUUGUGAAGUAGAAUUAUAAUAUUUGUGCACCCGUACAAUACGAAAAGCAGUUAUUGAAUUA